AGUCCCCUGUGCGCAAAUUAUUAUUUGUUGGCCAAUUGUAGCAGUGAAUAGGGCUCUCCGAAAUGGGACAAAACCAAUCUGCUGGCGGUGGAGGCGAUAAGAAGGAUGAUAAGGAUAAGAAGAAAAAAUACGAACCACCGAUCCCGACCCGGGUAGGCAAAAAGAAGCGCAAGGCAAAGGGACCCGAUGCGGCCCUUAAACUGCCUCAGGUCACUCCACAUACGCGCUGCCGGUUGAAAUUGCUGAAGCUGGAGCGUAUCAAGGACUAUCUGUUGAUGGAGGAGGAGUUUAUCCGGAACCAGGAAAGACUUAAACCGCAGGAAGAAAAGAUUGAGGAAGAGCGCUCCAAGGUAGAUGACCUACGAGGAUCGCCCAUGUCGGUGGGGACACUGGAGGAGAUCAUCGACGAUAAUCAUGCGAUAGUGUCGACUUCCGUGGGUAGCGAACACUAUGUCAGCAUCCUGUCGUUUGUAGACAAGGACCAGCUGGAACCGGGAUGUUCGGUACUAUUAAACCACAAGGUACACGCCGUGGUCGGAGUGCUUGGAGACGACACGGAUCCGAUGGUGACGGUGAUGAAGCUUGAGAAGGCACCGCAAGAAACGUACGCCGAUAUUGGUGGAUUGGACACACAGAUCCAGGAGAUUAAGGAAUCGGUCGAACUGCCUCUGACGCAUCCGGAGUACUACGAGGAAAUGGGCAUCAAGCCUCCGAAGGGUGUGAUAUUGUACGGACCGCCGGGUACGGGCAAAACGUUGCUAGCGAAGGCAGUAGCCAACCAGACAUCGGCCACGUUCCUGCGAGUGGUAGGCUCGGAGUUGAUACAGAAAUACCUUGGCGAUGGUCCUAAGCUGGUGCGCGAGUUGUUCCGCGUCGCCGAGGAACAUGCACCGUCGAUCGUGUUCAUCGACGAAAUUGAUGCCGUAGGAACGAAACGUUACGAUUCGAACUCGGGUGGUGAACGAGAAAUUCAACGUACUAUGCUGGAACUGCUCAAUCAGCUCGAUGGAUUCGAUUCACGUGGCGAUGUGAAAGUCAUCAUGGCGACAAAUCGUAUCGAAACACUCGACCCUGCGCUUAUCCGUCCGGGACGUAUUGAUCGAAAGAUUGAGUUCCCGUUGCCGGACGAAAAGACAAAGCGACGCAUCUUCAACAUCCACACCGCUCGCAUGACACUGGCCGAGGAUGUGAAUCUGUCGGAGUUGAUCAUGGCGAAAGAUGAUCUUUCCGGAGCGGAUAUUAAGGCUAUCUGCACGGAGGCGGGUCUGAUGGCACUGCGGGAGCGUCGUAUGAAGGUGACGAACGAGGACUUUAAGAAGUCAAAGGAGAGUGUACUGUACCGCAAGAAGGAAGGCACUCCAGAGGGUUUGUACAUGUAAAAAGUAACGCACGUACAGACGCUAUCAUACAACAAUUGUAUUUGCGUAGGUAUUCUAAUAAAUUGUGAAAAAGAA